AUGCCUAACAACAACAACAACUCCGGCUCUUACUCCUACACCUCCUCUGGCACCAACAGCCAGGGCAACCACUACUGCUCGCGCUCGUACGAUAACGGCGGCAGUGGUUACCACUACUCGAACUCCAACGGCAGCUACUACUACAGCAACCCCAACGGCUCGACGUACUACAACAGCGGCCAGGGCUCUUCUACCUACACCGCUCCGAGCGGCUACGUCCACAAGUCGUCCUCAAAGUAG